CUCAUGACAGCCCCUCACUCACCACCAUCACUCACGACUCGUGCGCUUCAUUGCGGCCAAGAUGACGUCGAGCGCGACAACAUCUACCGCCUCAUCCUUUGCUACUCACAGUCCUGCGACGGCGGCGGCGGCGAUGGCGGCGACCACCGCCGGCGCCGCUGCUGCUGCUGCACCGGCAAAGAAGCGCAAUCGCGCCAUUCUCUCGUGUCUGGUGUGCCACGAAAGAAGGGUGAAGUGCGAUCGACAAUUACCCUGCGCACCGUGUAGAAGAUACGGAGCGGUCUGCACCUACGCUGCCCCACCUUCCACCUCUACCAAGCGCAAAAAGGCAGCAGGGGGAUUGUUGCGCGCCGAUGAGAGGGAUGAGGAGGAGGAGGAUGAGCAAGGGGAGGCUCGCACGUCCACCAAAGACAAACCUUUUCGCGGAUUCAUGCAGCAAUUCGAGGAGCAAUUUGCCUCUCAGGAGGAGCAGGAGCAGGAGGAGCGGGAUGAGAGGGGCAAGGAGCGGUCUACGGCUGCCACUACGCACGGCGACGAGAGCACCGCAUACACGCCGUGCGACGUGGCCAGGAUGCAAGCGUGCUGGAAACGCUUGCCGUCGCAAAAGGUGUGCGAAGAGCUCAUCGGCUUUUACUUGAGCAACGUCGACUACAUGUACGGUGCUGCUGAGGCUGGGCGAGACUCGCUGUCCGCUUGGAUGAGGGGCUUGAUGGAUCGCUUUCAACCCGGCACCGCGCAGAUCUGUCCCUUGCUGCUCAAUCACGACGACGCUAGCAGGAUGGCAUUCGUAGCGACAACGAUGCUAGCAGCCGUUCAGAUGCUCGAUCCGCAUCGAGCCGUAUUAUCCCUUGUGGAUUCGGACCCCACCUCGAAUCUCUUCGGUGCAGCAGCAGCACCGGACAAGUCGUCCACUCGAGCGUUGUUGGAGAGCACAGCCCUGGCACUGCUCGACUUGGCCAUCGAAGCGGACGAGGCCUCUCCAUUGCAAGUCAGAAUCAAUCUCAUCCUGCUGCACUAUUUCAAAAACGAAGGGAGGAGCGCGACGCCUACGGCCAAGAUGCUCGUCAGGCGCAAUGCUCAAGUCGUCCGAGCUUGCAAACUUCACCUCGACCCGCCCCUCGACUCGCCAGAGCUGGAGAGUCUUCGAAGCCUCUUUUACACGUACUACAUUUACGAUCGGUACAGCUCGGUCAACUUUGGAGCGCUACCUGCGAUUGCGGAUCACGAGAUCACCACGCAGCCACCUGUUCCAGAGCAUUUUUCCAGCGCAACAAAUGUAGGACUGGGCGCAUCUCCCAAGAUUCGUUUUGCCAAGAUUGCAGGCGACAUGGCCAGCGCCAUUUAUCGCGCUCAGCUAGACGAUGCCACGAUCGACCGGUUGGACGCGGAGCUGGUGGAGUGCGCCGACAACCUGCCUUGCGCUUACGCCCUCAGCUCUACGAACGAUGUCGAAGCAUCGCAGAGUGGCGUGAUGCAAGUGCAACGACAUGCACUGUGGAUCAGCUACCAUUCGGCCAGAGCCAUGCUGCACCGCACGCGCUUCUUUAGCCGAAACGCCACGCCCAGUGCGGCGGAGGAAAAGAGUCGAGCGCUGUGCAUCGAGUCGGCCAUCGAGAUGAUCAAGGCGCAACAAUCUGUGCGCAAAAGGACAGGCAUGGCGGUAGAGCUGUACAGCCGAUCUUUUUUGGCUUCCUACCUCACCCUCGAACCUGCCACCACGCUGGUCGUUUCUGCGCUGACGGAAGUUGCCAAGACGCCAGGCAAUGCUGCUCUACCGCACACGGUGGAUGUGUAUCUCGCUUGGGCACGACGAGGUCUGCUGUGUUUGGAAACGCUACCAUCGGAUCUGGACUUGGCUUCUCGUAGCGCGCACCUCCUCUCCCGCAUCCUCAAAAAGCGAUCGAUCAAGCCAUGACUUCCAGGGUCGCUUCUGGCAUGUCCAGACAGGCUCACGCGGAUGUAGAGCAGCAGCAGCAGCAUCCACAACAACAGCAUUUUGCCGUCAUCGGCGCGGCACAAGCGCACACUCCUAAUCACGCUUCGUUUGAGCAGCAACUGGAUGCCUGGUUGGCUAUUCUUCAAGCACAAG